UGUUUUCUGGGUUUCCUUCCCUCAAAUUCUUCUCUCUAAUCUCUAUUUUCUUCUCCUUUUUCCUCGUGGAUUGAAAGAAUCAGAAAAUAGCAAAAUACCCAGAGCUUAUUUUUCUCAUGGGGUCUUGCUUUAGCUCCAGAAUUAAAGCUGAGAGCCCUCCUCACCAUGGGGCCAAUUCAAGGUGUGUUAAUGAAACGAGUGGUUCAAGCAGCCAGGUUUCGGUGCCUAGGACCGAGGGGGAGAUUCUGCAGUCUUCCAAUUUGAAGAGCUUUAAUUUCAGUGAAUUAAGGACAGCCACCAGGAAUUUCCGACCGGAUAGUGUUCUCGGCGAAGGCGGUUUCGGUUGUGUUUUCAAGGGUUGGAUCGAUGAGAAUUCAUUUGCGGCUUCCAAGCCUGGUACUGGCAUGGUUAUUGCUGUUAAAAGGCUAAACCAGGAGGGUAUUCAAGGCCACCAUGAAUGGCUGGCUGAAAUCAACUAUCUGGGGCAGCUUUAUCAUCCCAAUCUUGUGAAAUUAGUCGGUUACUGCUUAGAAGAUGAUCAUCGGCUUCUGGUUUACGAGUUCAUGCCGAAAGGAAGCUUGGAGAACCAUCUUUUUAGAAGGAAUUCUUAUUUUCAGCCACUUUCUUGGAACCUCCGGAUGAAGGUUGCUCUCGGUGCCGCCAAGGGUCUUGCGUUUCUACAUUCCGAUGAGGCGAAAGUGAUAUAUCGAGACUUCAAAACAUCGAAUAUCUUGCUCGAUUCGAACUACAAUGCAAAACUCUCUGAUUUCGGUCUGGCCAAGGAUGGACCAACCGGCGAUAAAAGCCACGUCUCAACUCGGGUCAUGGGCACCCACGGCUAUGCAGCCCCCGAGUAUAUCGCAACAGGCCAUCUAACCGCGAGAAGCGACGUGUAUAGCUUCGGGGUUGUUCUUCUCGAGAUGUUAACCGGAAAACGAGCGUUGGACAAGAACCGACCGUCGGGAGAACAUAGUUUAGUGGACUGGGCCAAGCCUUAUCUUACCAGCAAACGCAAGAUGUUCCAAGUGAUGGAUGGUCGUAUCAAAGGGCAAUACACGCAGGAAGCUGCGUUAAAAGCUGCUUAUCUCGCACUGCAAUGCCUUUCUACAGAACCGAAAUAUAGGCCGAAAAUGGCUGCCGUAGUGAAAGCAUUAGAGCAACUUAAAGAUUCCGGGGACGAUAAAGUGGUGUCCGAGCGUUCAAUAUCAAAUGGUUAAGUCUUUGAAUAGAUA